GCCAAUCAGAGAGCAGCAGACUCAGCAGCCAGUCAGAGAGCAGCAGCUGCUGCGCCUGCGCAGUAGCAUUAUGCUGAUAGUGUUGAUAUGUGUGUAGCUGGUUCUAAUGGUUCUGAUGGUUCAGAUGAUGGUUCCUGCAGCUGGUUCUGAUGGUUCUGGUGCUGGUUCCUGCAGCUGGUUCUGAUGGUUCUGGUGCUGGUUCCUGCAGCUGGUUCUGAUGGUUCUGGUGCUGGUUCCUGCAGCUGGUUCUGAUGGUUCUGGUGCUGGUUCCUGCAGCUGGUAGUGUUUCACAGAGAGUCCUUCCCCCGGUCCGGUCCGAUGGAGAACCCCGGAGAGCUGGUGGAGCGUCCGUCCAGGAGGCACCGUGACUCCUUCAGUGUGGACGGCGUGGACGAGGACGGGAGCAGCUGCAGCAGUGAGUCCAGCGGGGGGAGCGGCGUCUCCAGUCCCGAGGACAGCGACGAAGACGAGCCUCAACUCACCCCCUCCUCUUCCUCCUCUUCCUCCCUCACUCUCAUCAGGACCAACGGACAGCUGUACACCUACCCAGACGGCAAGACGGGCAUGGCGACCUGUGAGAUGUGCGGGAUGGUCGGGGUCAGAGAUGCUUUCUACAGUAAAACCAAACGCUUCUGCAGCGUCUCGUGUUCCAGGAGCUUCUCGUCCAACUCCAAGAAGGCCAGCAUCCUCGCCAGACUGCAGGGGAAGCCUCCCACUAAGAAGGCCAAGGUUCUACAGAAACAGCCUCUGAUGACCAAACUAGCGUCCUACGCUCAGCACCACGCCAACCAGCAGGGCGGCGUCAAGAAGAGCGUAACCAUGGAGACGUUCGACUGGGGGCAUUACCUUGGAGACGGAGACGUGGCGGGAGCACCGGUCAGCUGCUUCAAACACGUGCCGAUGGGGAAGUCGUGGGGCGACAUCAGUGAAGGCGUCCGGGUCGAGGUCACCAACACCGACAGCGGUCUGCCCAUGAAGGUCUACUGGAUCGCUGGCAUCAUCAAACUGGCCGGUUUUAAGGCGUUGAUGAGGUACGAGGGCUUUGACAGCGACUCCACCAGAGACUUCUGGUUGAACUUGUGUGUUCCAGACAUCCAUCCGGUGGGCUGGUGUGCUGCUGGAGGGAAACCAUUGGUCCCCCCUCAGACCAUCCUUCACAGGUUCACCAACUGGAAGACGUUCCUCAUCAAACGACUGACAGGAUCCAAAACGCUGCCGCCAGACUUCCCCUCCAAGGUCCAGGACAGUAUGCAGGUUCCCUUUAAGAAGCAGAUGAGGGUGGAGGUGGUGGAUAAAACUCACCUGUGUCGAACCCGAGUGGCGCUGGUGGAACAGGUGAUUGGUGGUCGUCUCCGUCUGAUCUACGAGGAAUGUGACGACGGUUCUGAUGACUUCUGGUGUCACAUGAACAGUCCUCUGAUCCACAACGUCGGCUGGUCCCGGUCCAUCGGACACCGGUUCAAACGCUCCGAUGUGUCGAAGAAGAUUUGCGCUCAGACGGACGCUCCUGGACAGCUGUUCACCAAGGUGAGGGAGGUGGAUCAGAGCGGUUCCUGGUUUGAAGACGGGAUGAAGCUGGAAGCCAUCGACCCGUUGAACCUGUCGGCCGUCUGCGUGGCGACCGUCAGGAAGGUCCUGGCAGACGGGUACCUGAUGAUCGGUAUCGACGGGUCGGAGGCAGCUGACGGGUCCGACUGGUUCUGUUAUCACUCCACCUCUCCCUCCAUCUUCCCCGCCGGCUUCUGUGAGAUCAACAACAUCGAGCUGACGCCCCCCAGAGGUUGCAGCAGUCUUCCCUUCAGAUGGUUCGAGUACCUCAAGGAGACCAAGUCUGUGGCGGCUCCGGUCCAGCUCUUCAACAAGGACGUCCCUAAUCACGGUUUCUGUCCCGGCAUGAAGCUGGAGGCCGUGGACCUCAUGGAGCCCCGGCUGGUCUGCGUCGCCACGGUGACCCGCAUCGUCCACCGGUUGCUACGGAUACACUUUGACGGCUGGGAGGACGAGUACGACCAGUGGGUGGACUGUGAGUCACCUGACCUGUACCCGGUGGGCUGGUGUCAGCUGACCGGGUACCAGCUGCAGCCUCCUGCUGUCAACGCCGGCUGCAGAGAGCUGCAGUCCGCCUCCAGACAGAGGAAGAAGUCUCAGCAGUACAAAGGACAGAAGAAGAAGAGGAAGUUGCCCGUCGCUAAGCGACCGAUCAGCCUCUCCGGCGCCGUGGUAACGGGCGUCCCCAGGAGCCUAUCAGGAGACGAGAAUGAGACGCCGCUCGAUUACCCAUCACCCCCUUCUGCCGCCUCAGCAGCCCAGCCGCCCUCAGCCGACCCGGACAGCAGCCCGACCGCCGAGGGCGGUGCAGGUUCAAUAACAAAAGAAGAGAACAUAGAAGGAAGUGAGUUUUCUUGUGAAAGGACUGAAACAGGUGCUAACGGAUCUUCUGGAGAGUUCUUCACCAGCCAAGACCAGUAAUCAUCAUCAUCAUCAUCAUCAUCAUCCCUCCAUCUCCAGACCAGAAUACAGAAACACAUGAAGAAGAAGCCGAUGGAGGACAGGUACGUCGGCAGCGUUUCUCUUCUUCGGUUCCUCUGAGAAACUAAAAAACAAUCAACGAUUAACGAGGGGAAAAGUUUUGUAGGAUUUUUUCAACGCCGACAUCUCUGAUGUUUCUACGUGUUAAUCACAACUCUCCACGUGACCUAGUAACACUGGACGCUGUGAUGUCAUGCUGAGAUUAGUGUGUGUGUGAGUGUCGUGGUUUGGACCGACCGGUUAGCAGAACCCAGCGUAGAGGAUCAUGUUCUAGUGUCUGCUGGACGUUUAGUGUUCGUGUGUUCAGCCUCCGUUUGGUGGAACGUUUUAAAAGCAGCAGAAAGUUCUUCAGCGUCAACGUCGUUUUUCCCAGUAGUCCCCAGCGUGUUUUACUGGGAUGUUCCCAGUAGUCCCCAGCGUGUUUUACUGGGAUGUUCCCAGUAGUCCCCAGUGUGUUUUACUGGGAUGUUCCCAGUAGUCCCCAGCGUGUUAUACUGGGAUUUUUCCAGUAGUCCCCAGCGUGUUUUACUGGGAUGUUCCCAGUAGUCCCCAGCGUGUUUUACUGGUAUGUUCCCAGUAGUCCCCAGCGUGUUAUACUGGGAUGUUCCCAGUAGUCCCCAGAGUGUUAUACUGGGAUUUUUCCAGUAGUCCCCAGCGUGUUUUACUGGGAUGUUCCCAGUCGUCCCCAGCGUGUUAUACUGGGAUUUUUCCAGUAGUCCCCAGCAUGUUUUACUGGGAUGUUCCCAGUAGUCCCCAGCGUGUUUUACUGGGAUGUUCCCAGUAGUCACCAGCAUGUUUUACUGGGAUGUAGCUCAGUGGUUAGAUGUGUGAUGAAUCAGAGUAACUAUGAACGUCUUUAUUAACUAUUAAUACCUCACUAAAGGUUUAUUAAAUACACAUUAAAAGAAUCAAACAAAAUGGUUUAAUAGAGAUUAUUUAAAAAACACUGAAGAGUAUAUUUGAUUCAAAACAUUCUAGUAUUAAAGAUUAUCACCUGUAAUAAAGUGACCAGAGCUCCGUGUUCACAAAGAAAAGAGAAUAAAUGUGUUUUAUGGGUUGUGAUGACAACGGUUAGUUUAGAAGUUUCUCUGGAGUUUCCAGAGGUGACGAGUCGUAUCGGACGACCCCUGAUUUGCAUAAAUUAGCCUUGACCUCAACAUUAUGCAAAUGAGGAUCGGCCAACGUGACGGCCCGUCUCUUGAAUCACGCCGCCACACUACCCAGAAUGCAUUGCUGCACGGCUGCUUCCAUAGACAAUGAAAGGAAAGGACGGAGGCUGUGGACAGAAAGAGAGUUACAGGGUUAAAAGUGAAUUUCUUUAUGUAUUUCUUCGUUUGUUACCUCGAAGCACAAAAUGAGGAAGGAAGCCCGCCGGUUUCUGUUGUUGUUGUUGUUGUUGUUGUUGUUGUUGUUGUUGUUGAAGGUGACGCUCUAGGCGACCGCCUAUAUGACCUCUGCCCUCAACCGGCCCGGUGUUUAUCCAUCAUCCCCCACCGCUGUGUAAUGGCCUUCAGACUAAACUGGCUGCUAGUUAUUAUUAUUAUUAUUAUUAUAAUCCAAACUCAUCUGUUUUAAUCUAGUUAAAUCUGAUCUGAAAUUACAAUGCCAAUUCUACUCCAUAUUUCUUUUAUAUAAUAUGUUGACUCAAUAUCAUAAUUUUGACUUAAUUUACUAUUUCAUCUUCUUUAUUAAGCAACUGAAAAUGUAGUCGCUCAUAAUUUAGACUUCUGAAGUCAGAUCUCUGUAUUUAUUAUCUUUGUUUUAUUUUAUAACGGGCUUCUAUACUAAUCUGAUGUAGGAGGGUGACGACAACGCCAAGUCAAGUGUUACAGGCUAUAACACUUGCUACGUGUGUGUGUGUGUGUGUGUGUGUGUGUGUGUGUGUGAGUGUGAGUUCUAAUCUGUCUGUUGUCUCUGUUGUGUUUCUAUAACGUCCACCUGUCUGAUCUGUGUUACGGUGCUAUCUGUUGAUGAUAUACAGUAUACACUCUAUUGAUGAUAUACAGUAUACACUCUAUUGAUGAUAUACAGUAUACACUAUGUUGAUGAUAUACAGUAUACACUGUUGAUGAUAUAUAUAUAUAUAUAUAUAUACACACAUUUGAUAAAGAAGUGGUAUUUUGGACGCAGCAGAUUUUGUAUUUGGAGGAAGUGACCGUUUAAAGGUGUAGAGGAUCGAUGUUCGCUGUGACGUUGAGUCCUCGUCAGUUUGUGAUGUUGUGAGAGUUCGUCUGCAGGACGUCAUCAGGUUCUGUUUUCAGAGACUGAGUCACAUGACUCAUUACUCCCGUGAGUCGUUAGUAUCAUUAGUCCUGUGAGUCAUGUGACUCGUCGGUAUCGUGAGUCACGUGACUCAUUAGUCCCGUGAGUCGUUAGUAUCGUUAGUCCUGU